UUAAUACUAUGAGUUCUGCCCUCUUGGCGCAGCGACCGAAGCAAAGGACAAAUUCCGCACUACGAGUGGAUGUUCCAUAUAAACGUCUGUUGGAGCUGCCUACUGCUCUCACAUGAAGACACGCCGCGGUGCUCGCACGUCCUCUGCGCUUUAAUUUGAUCCAAAAAGAGGCCUAGCUAGCUGGAAGAAAGAGGACUCGAACCAGACAGCAGACAGAGAGAACUGCGGGCCCACUGGCGUUCGAAUCCUGUAAGACUCGCCCCACCGCUGGGUCCUCGUCGUGGUUUUGUCCCAUCUACUACGUGUACAUCCUCACAGAGGAUAACAUCCACGGGAAGACACGGGACAGCAACCCGCGUUUGCUCCUCUGCCGCAGCCCGGGGGUGUGCUGCCUGGCAGAGCAUGCUAAAUAAUGAGCCAAAGGGACACACUGGUUCAUUUGUUCGCUGGGGGAUGCGGGGGUACGGUGGGAGCCAUUUUGACGUGUCCUCUGGAAGUGGUGAAGACCAGACUGCAGUCAUCUUCUGUCACUCUUUACAUUUCUGAAGUCCAGCUCAGCACUGUAAACGGAGCUGGUGUGGCCCGUGUCGCUCCACCUGGACCUUUGCAUUGUCUCAAAUUAAUCUUUGAGAGGGAGGGAUUGCGGUCACUCUUUAGAGGACUUGGACCCAACCUUGUGGGUGUGGCACCUUCCAGGGCAAUCUACUUUGCUGCCUAUUCAACAGCCAAGGAGAAGCUGAAUGGCGUGCUGGAGCCAGACUCCACCCAGGUGCACAUGGUGUCUGCUGGCAUGGCAGGGUUCACCGCCAUCACAGCCACUAAUCCCAUAUGGCUGAUAAAGACUCGCAUGCAGCUGGACUCCAGGAACCGGGGUGAACGCCGCUUGAACGCGUUUGAGUGUGUUCGGCGGGUGUACCAGAUGGAAGGCUUGCGGGGUUUUUACAAGGGCAUGUCUGCGUCGUACGCCGGCAUCUCUGAGACGGUCAUCCAUUUUGUCAUCUAUGAGAGCAUCAAACGCAAGCUGCUGCAGUCGAGGGCACAAACUAGCAUGGAGGGCGAGGAGGAGUCUGUCAAAGAUGCUUCAGACUUUGUUGGGAUGAUGCUCGCUGCUGCCACUUCCAAGACCUGUGCAACGACCAUUGCAUACCCCCAUGAGGUGAUCCGCACACGGCUACGAGAAGAGGGCAGCAAGUACCGCUCUUUUUUCCAAACUCUGCUGACAGUACCAAAAGAGGAAGGAUACCGUGCGCUGUACCGCGGCCUCACUACGCACCUCGUUAGACAGAUUCCUAACACGGCCAUCAUGAUGUGCACCUAUGAAGUGGUGGUCUACCUGUUGGGCCGUUAGGCUUCUCUCCUUCCACUGUGAACAGACUCAUCAUGUUCGCCUUUGGCGAGGACAAAAUGAAGACCAAAGGAAGAAGCUGAGGUGGACCAGCAAAGUACAAACACAAAAAUAUGAAAAGGACAGAAGGAAGCCCUUUGUUACCAUAGCGACCUCUAGUUCCCGUCAUUAGCUUGCCUGAAGAGAUAAGCUGCUGAAGGUCGCCGUGGAGGUGAUAUGCGUUGGAUUAGAGAUGUGUUGCUGGCAAAAAGUCACCAGUUAAACAUAAGAAAAAGAUAAUACGCACAGAUCAGUGGCCUUAACUUCCUUGCUAUGGGUGAUGAGUGAAUUGCUGCUUUUCAUUCGAAUAUAUAGAGAAAGUUUGGAAAGGGGAAUGCUGGAGAACUGCUGCAUUUGACAGGAAGGAUGAUAACAAAAUAUAGUUCUCAUUUGAAUUUUUUAAUUAUUAAAUUCAAAUAGGCACUAUUUGCACUUGUUGAGUUUAAGAGACUCGUGUUUAGGAAUGUUUGUCCAAGGCAGAAUGGAUGGAUGAAUAUAUUACUUUUAUCAAGUCCCUCAUUCCCCUUUUCUUUACACGUCAUACUAAGCCGUUCCCCUCUUAGCGUUGGACCCCCCCACAGAAGGCAAUGUGAUGCAGGGGAUGCCAAAUACCAGCUGGAGGUGGCCUGUCACUCAAACAGAGGACAGCACGAAAGAUUAGAGGCAGAAUCUGGAUUUGUUUUGCCUCCAUGAUCCAGUGCCUGACACUGACAAGCUUUGGAAGCGGAUGUCAUUUGUGUCUUUGGGCAGAACAAAAGUAAGAUCAGAAAUCAAGGGCAUGUUCAUCCUGAUACCGCUAAGUGUUUGAUGCGAUGUGAUUUGCGCGGCUAUGUAGAAGUAUCACCAUGAAGUACCAGGUCACUACCUGAAUAUAAUUGGGGGAGAAUUGUUCAUCACCUUAUAUUUGUAUGUGUUGAUGUAUCUACCAUUUUACCAUGCAUCUACAAAUGCAUGUAUAAGAAAUUACUACUAAAGGUUUCCCUCCCCAACACUAGCUUUUAAUUGUGCAAGACACUGCGACCGGGAGUGUGGAAAGAGCUCCUGUGUGCUAUCCACAGGCGUCAUUCCUGCUGCCGUGCAAGUUCUUCCCUCCUUUGGCUUUUAUUGCCUGGAUAAUAACAUGCACUUUUGUGGCCUUUUCUCAGGCUUGUGCUUUGCAUUUUAUUGUGUGGACAGUUUAGUUGUGUAUAUUGUAAAAGAAGAAAAACGUAUAUUAAAAUUGUAUUUUGCGCUACUGUUCUUAUAGCAAAUAUAUUGUACAGUAUUGAGUUCUCAGUAGUUGUGAAUCAUGUCCUGUGUGUAUGUGUGUGUGUAUAUAAUACGGAUACUGUAUAUGCAUAUCAUUGUUUAUCUUUCCCUGUCCUGACGUUUUAUUUUCAUUUUUGUGCAAUUGAACCUUAUUUUGAUGUGACCUGGAUUGUGUCUGACUGGGCUUAUUCUUAUAAUACUUCACGCUGCAGGACAAUACCUUACUUCACAUAUUUGUCCCCAUGCUUCGGCGGAUUUUUUUUUUUUUCUGUUGCGGUUUUGAGUGUUUUCUGCAGUUUUGAAUGUUGUCAUUGUGCUGUUUACAGUAUUUUGGAUUCAUACUGUCAUGAGUUUCCAGCAUAUUUGCAAGUGUUAUAAUGUGAGUGUUCAAAACGUAUAACUGAAUCGAGGACUGUUAGCUUUAGAUACCUUUUCUUAAAGAGGAUUGUUGGUAAUUAACCAGAGAUGUUCCCAUUAGGUUAUUACAAAGUAGACAUGCAUGUCUUAGUUAAGUAAACCUUCUGAGUUUAUAUACUCUGCAAAUAGAUUUUACCAAUUUUCUUAAAGAAUACAAAAACUGCACAAACUGCAUACUGUUCUUUUUGAACACUUAAAUUUUUCAUUUGUUGCAGUAUUAUUACAGGGGCAAGCCAAGGCCUGUGCUGUCACUGGGAAUUGUUAUUGAUUUCCUCUUGCCACUGACACAAUAUUUGCGGUCUUUAAGAAACAAAGCAAAUUAAUUUUUAUAUUUUCCUUUAACAAAUCAAUAGCUUUUAAGUCUAGUGUUUGGUUGUAGUUUAUACUUGAGGUCAAUUCGCCAAAACUGUGACAUGUACAAAGAACUGGACAAACACUGAUUUCUUUUAGCGCUCAAUGUUUGCAAUUGAGUAACUUAAUGUAUGUAUGACCAGUACGCUGAAAAUGUUGUUUUUUGCCAGCUCAAUCACUAUUUUCAUUUGUUAUUAAAACCAGAAUUAAAUAAAACGAUUGUAACUUGAAAAAUGAAAUUCCUGCAGUUUGUCUGGUUUUAUUGUUGAACGUGUGGCAUAAUGUUGAAAUGUUUUUGUACCUACCGCGUACUACCGAUAGGUGGUGCCAGAGUGCUUCUAAUAAGACGCACUUGAGAAAGCGUUCCAUUGUUGACCCGAAGUCGAUUUUUAAGUUUUCAAUGAGUUGUUUAGCACACAAACAGUUUUUAGAUUGUUGAAUGUGUAUGGACUAUGGAAGAUUGUAUUUAUUGUAACACCUCACUCAUGGCUAAGACUAAACGCUUUUAUGAAUAAA